AUGCAGUUCACGCGAUUCCUCUGUGAUUCACCUCUGGAGGCAGAGAAUGCGCCAAAUGGACCAGAAUGUGGCUAUGGUUCUUUCCACCAGCAGUAUUGGCUGGAUGAGAAGAUAAUAGCUGUUGGUGUAAUUGAUAUCCUGCCCUACUGCGUGUCCUCCGUCUAUCUGUACUAUGAUCCAGACUAUUCUUUCUUAUCUUUGGGAGUCUACUCUGCAUUACGGGAAAUUGCUUUUACUAGGCAACUUCAUGAAAAAGCUCCUGAUCUCUGUUUUUAUUAUAUGGGUUUCUACAUUCAUUCGUGCCCCAAAAUGAGAUACAAGGGGCAGUACAGGCCCUCUGACUUGUUGUGUCCAGAGACAUACGUCUGGACGCCUAUUGAGCAAUGUCUCCCCCUGCUUGAGCACUCAAAAUACUGUAGAUUCAACCAGGACGUAAAAGCAGUUGAUGAAGGUCGUGUUAAGGAACUGGGCAGAGUGAGAGUACUUCACAAGAGAACCGUGAUGCCUUACAGUGUGUAUAAGAAAAGAAGGAAGGGGCCAAGUGACGAAGCCAGCGUUCAGCAAUAUGCAAGUUUGGUUGGACAGACCUGUUCAGAAAGAAUGUUGUUGUUUAGAAGUUGA